CCGGAUGUAUCUUACUAUCCAGUAUAGCAAAUUCGUUCUGAGAUCUGCGUUAGCAGCGAGUACGAAGGUCAAGCAGAAACGCUCGGGAACGGUGAAGCGGCUCGGCUAACGCUGGAAGACACUCAAUAAAGAGUCUCUACGCGAGAGUAAAACUCUUCAUAUUUAACAUGCCGAGAGGAAGUCGUAGUAGAACUUCGAGGAUGGCUCCUCCAAGCUACUCCUCACGGCCAGCACCCCCUCCACCAGUGUCCAGGGCAGCACCUGCACCAUCUUACGCACCAGCCCAUCCGCCUCCGUCUGCUGUGGCGCCCCCUGCUGCUGCCCCCAAGCAGCCAGGCAUGUUUGCUCAGAUGGCAAGCACUGCGGCAGGCGUGGCGGUUGGCUCUGCUGUGGGCCACACGAUAGGCCAUGCCAUGACCGGGGGCUUCAGUGGUGGGCACUCAGAGGCAGCCAGGCCUGACGUUACCUACCAGGAGCCCUACCAGUCACAGCCUGUUUACCAGCAAGGGUCAACGCAACAGAAUGCCUGCGCCUAUGAGCUGAGGCAGUUCCUGGAGUGUGCUCAGACACAGAGUGACCUCAAGCUCUGUGAGGGGUUCAGUGAAGUGCUUAAAGAGUGCAAAUUCUCCAACGGGUUGCCAUGAGACUGGAGAUUGACCUUAAUAAUUCUACGUCCACAGUGGUUAUAAUGUUUAAAAAAAAACCUGGCUGACAGGCUUGUUGUUUAAUAUGUGCAUGCAUUUUUCUGAUGGAAGCACUGAAUAAUCAUUCAGAUCUUAUGCUUGACGUUUAGAUUGUGGUUACAUAUUUUGUCAUCAUAAUUAACGUGUAGUAUUUUGAGAUUUCAUCAAAUAUUGUAUCACUGUCUGCGUGUAACAAAACCCACAAUAAAGACCUAACCCUUC